AACAGAUGCGUACCAUUCGUUCAUAAAUAAUAAAUAAUACACGGAAACACGGUUUUGAUCGUGUGUUAACUAUAGUUAACGAAAAAGAAAUAAUAAUGCUGUUUGAUACACUGGUAGCUGUACUUGUGUAACUAAUUCUGUUCGUCAUCGAAUAACCGACAGAUGAGCGGAUUUCCUAAUAGAGAAAUAUGUACACAAUGGCCUUUAUUUGACCUACGUAUCUUGAGGACAAUAUACGUGUAGAAAUAAAAUUUCCCCUUCUUGCAAGAUAACAAAUGAGGGCAGAUGUGAUUGACAGGUCUGUAGUCAACAAGAGAAAUAUAAUCUGUUCAUUUCGCUUGAUUUAUUGGCGAUACAAAAAGGAUAAAUCUUCAGUUGAGAAAGCGGAUUCAGUCGAGUUUGUUUCAGGGAGAAAAUAAAAAUGACGCUGAAGUUGUCAAUCACCACACUCAUCCAUUUAAGUGUUCUGGUGGUAUUGAUAUGGCCAACCUGUUCGAGCGGUGCAGCCCUUUCUUUAGAUGAAAAGUUUCAGCAAUUGGCAGACAAAUAUGCCAACUUGGAAGCAAAAAUGGCCAAACUAGAGGCCAAAGACAGUCAAUUGGAGGCUCUGAUUCAGCUCAAAGAUCAACGGCACGACAUGUUGGAAGAAAAAAUAUCGCGUCUAGAGUUGGCACUAAAGGUUCAACGCGAAACACACUCCGAAUCAGCUCUAUUGAAAACAGAGAAAGAAAUCGGCCGUCAAGUAGCUGGUAAAAGUGCCAUGCCGCGGACGUGUCAAGAUGCCCGUUCAGCGGAUCCAUUGCUCAGUUCCGGCAUGUACUGGAUUGAUCCCGACGGGCAAGGAGUUGGAGAUGCCCCAAUUCAAGUCUAUUGUGACAUGGCAUCAGGUUCGACUUCCGUUUUACACGACAGCGAAUCGCCUAUGGACGUGGGCCACUGUACCGAUCCUGGAUGUUAUUCAAGGGCAGUGAACUACAGCGCAACUAGUAGGCAAAUGUCAGCACUGGUCGAGUUGUCAAACGAAUGCCACCAAUCAAUUAAAUACGACUGUUAUUUCGCAAUAUUUGAGUUCGACAACAUCGCCUAUUCCUGGUGGAACGACAAAAACGGCAACGAGAAAUAUUUUUGGGCCGGAAUGAACACUGACGUCCACACCUGCCAGUGCGGAAUCGACGGAAAUUGUGUCGAAGCUUCUACCAAGUGCAACUGCGAUUCCUCUGCACCUGUGCAACUAGUCGACGAUGGUGUUAUCGCUGACAAGAGUGUUUUGCCCAUCACCCGCCUAAACUUUGGCCGGACUCAACUUGCAAGUUCUUCCGGCGUUCACACACUGGGUCGGUUUGAAUGUACAGGACAAGUGAAAGUCAGUGGAAUGGCGACGUCAUGUCUAGAUCUGUGGCGCAUCGGACACACCCUGAGUGGAUUGUAUUCCGUCGUGGGCCCCAAAAUGAUCGAAAGUGUUUACUGCGACUUUACAAAAAUUCCUGGUGAAACUGGUUUCCAAAAAUGGAUUGGCUACGACGACGUCAAAUCGGAGUCCGUUUUUUUUUACGUUCAAAGAAACGUUACAUUCAAAAUUCCUUCUACUCCGAUUCCAUUCGAGGUGGAAAGAAUAAACACCGGGGGAGCUAUGAAUUUAUCAACGGGGAUAUUUACGGCGCCGAGAGUGGGGAUUUAUUUCUUUGCAUUUACUGGAAUGUUUGAUUUUCCAACUUCGUCCUCAUUGAUCGAGGGUUUUAUAAGAAUGUAUGUAAAUGGCAAUCUUAUAGGGUCAGCAGCGCACGAUUCAUCCUACUCUUUGUUGGGACAAUCAAGUCCGGUUAACUUACAAUCAACAUUAAUCUUGCAAGAGGGAGAACAAGUUUGGGUACAGUUUGAAGGAGGAUCUUCUAUUGUGCUAACGGACACUCAAAAUUUUUACACUCACUUUAUGGGUUGGUUAUUAGAAGAAGACAUUUCUAAAUCGCUGUGAAUGACAUGCGGUAGUUUAAUAGUUACGAGCAAAUAAAGGUAUAGAAAAACUU